AUGCCAGUGCUUCCUUCGUCUGGGAUCGCCGGGUGGGAGCCUAGAUUCGAAAAAAAUCUCCAACCCCAGCCGUUCACUCCGGGAAGGCGCCCGGCCAGCGGCGCCGCCCGGCGGCCCAGCCAGGUCUCCCGGGACGCUCGCAGAGUCCCCCCCACCCCCCAGGCUCCCCAGGCCGGGCGCUGGGGACGCUCGGCGGCCCGUUCCUGCCUGCCAUCCGAACCAGACGGUCCCCGCGGCCCGCCCAGCCCGCCCGCCGCCUCGGGGCGCGGAUUCCACCCGCUGGGUCUCCCGGCCGCCCCACCCCCGGCAGGGGCGCCCCUCGAGCCUGACCGACUGACCCGCGCUCCGCUGGCCCACACGCACCGGGUCGUCCUCUGCUUCCCGCCGCGCCCCGCUCCCCCGCCCGAGCCUGCAGCCGCCUGGCUCGCCGAGUCCAGCCGCGGCCGCCGGUUCCCGCCCCCAGCCCGGGGGGAGCCCAGGGGGCAGGACGGGGAGGGAGGACGUGGCGCGCAGAGGUGGCCAGAGGCGGGCGGGGAGUGUCCCCAAGAGGCCCCGGCGGGGGCGGGGGCGACCGGUCGCCCAGGGACCCUCCCCGCGAGCAUCCCGGGUCCCGGGUCGCAGCCCGGCACCCCCAAGGGGGCCGAGGCAGCCCCGACUCCCAGCUCUGCGCGCACGCACGCCCUCCUCCCUCCACCAUAUGGAAAUCUACAGCCUCCCAAAGUGACACGUCGAAGAUUCCUCGGCCUGGCCGCGCGCCCUCCCCCUCCCGGGCAGCGGUCCUGCCGCGGGGAUCUGGGCGGGGGAGCGGAUUCUUCGGAGCGACGGCCCCGGGGAGGAGGGGAACUGCGAGCCCCGCAUCCUCCGCUUUCUUCCCCGGCAAGCGGGGGCUGGAGGGGCCGCCCCUUACCCGGCCGGGAGCUUCGGGCAGCCGAGCGGUCGCGGCGCGAUCGGGACUCGGCAGCCAAGUUUUUCCUCGGGCAUCCCCGAGUGCUCCGGGGCCGGGAGCGCACUCGUGCAGACUCGGAGUCCGGCCGGGCUCCGGAGCGCAGGGACCCGAGAGCGACUGUGGGUGGCACGUCCCCCGGCUGCCCGCCGCCGCUCCCGCACGCCUUACCUCCCCUCAGGCUGAAACGGGGCUCCGGGUGCCCGCAAUCCGGGUCGCCCACGCCGUCCCAGCCAGCCGCCCGCGGGAUCCCCGCCGUCCCCUGCGCCGUCCCCUGCGCCGCUCCCGCCGCUGCUCUCCGCCGCCUCCUCGGGCCGCCGCCGCUGCUCAAAUAA